GAAGAAGCAAGAAAGAAAUACUACUACUCCAAGGCGUAGAAACAAGAUUCUUUGUAGUCUUCUUUCUUCCUAUUUCCGGUUUGUCGUCUGUGAACCCAAUUCCUCCUUUUUUUUUUACCCAGUUGCCCUAAUUACCAAACCCUUUCCCCCCUUCUUCAAUACCCAAAUUUUCAGCAAAGACAACAAUUUAACUCUGGUAAUACCCAAAACCCUUGAAUUUUAAAUUACGCAUUAACAAUCCUUGAAAUAAAUGGGUUUAAUUUGAGCUUAGAUACCAUCAAAAAUCCCAACAAUUAAAAAGUUCUCAACUUUUCUUCCCAAUAAAUAAAUAAAUUGGGUAUCCAAAACCCCUAUUUUUUCUCCUUCUAGAUUUUGUGUGACACGAAAAAGGGGCAGAAGAAGAGAAGAUUAGUAUGUAAAUUGAUGAAAUUUUCUGGGGUUUUUUCACUUUUUCUUAUGUGUUUUCAAGUACCCAAAAGCUUGAACUUAGUUUCUUUAAUUUUUUUCAAUGCAAAGCUAUGAUCUUUUGCCAAAUCCCGCCUUGAUUUGCCCUAAUCUUCACCUUUUUGAUCUUCCUGCAAUGGACGACGCAGUUUCGGCCCCGAUCCAUAGAUCUUCUGGUGAAACUGAGAGCAAUGGGGAUGCAUCAAAAUCUCUAACCACCAACAACCCAGAAAUCAAAAUCGAAACGGUAACCGAAAAAGCUAAAGAGACUUGCCCAAUUGCGGAAGAAAGCAAGAAAAACUUGGGUAGUAAUGAAGAAGCUGUAGGUAGUAAGAGUCAUAGCAAGAAUGGCGAGAAGGAGAGUAAUAAUAAUAAUGUUAUAGUAAGAAGAGAAAGGCCCACUCGGGCUUGUACAGCACGGCCCGCUAAAUACGUGGACCCACCAAUAAUUGAGCGGAGGCCGAGGCCACCGAAAAAAGAGAAAGUGGUGGUGGAGGACGAGGAUGCGGAGGACGAGGAGGAGGAUGAGCCUAAGGAGCAAUGUAGUAAGGCUGUGAUACCAUUGGUGAACCCACCUACAUUAGAGCAAAUGCCGCGGUGGAAGUUGAGGUCUAUGUGGGAAUUGGCUUCAAUACUUAAUUUCUUCAAUGUAUUUAGGGAAGUUUUGAAUAUUACAGCUGAGUUCAGUGCUGAGGAGUUGGAGACUGCAUUGCUUACUCCCAAUAGUACUUUGAAUGAUGUACAUAUACCAUUGUUAAAGGCAAUUCCUCCGGUUAUUCGAAUGGCUUGUGGACCUGACACUUGGGUGACCGUGCUUUGUAGAAAGCUGCGAGACUGGUGGCAUUGGGUUGCGGAAGGGGAGUUACCUAUAGUCACCAAUCAUGGGGCUGAGAUUGAAACAUACAAGACACUUGAUCCAGGGGUACGUGUGGUGAUCCUAAAAGCCCUUUGUGACAUUCGUGUUGAGCAAGAUGAUAUCAGGGGUUAUAUUGAGAAUUCGCUCAAACACGGUGGUCAGCUUUCAGCAUUUCGAAAAGAGAGGAUUGGUGGUGAUUCACAUGGAGUUUCUUAUUGGUAUGAAGAUGAUGAGUUUGUGGGCCAUAGGCUAUAUCGGGAAACCAGGAAAGUUGAGUUGAAGGUUGAGGGGAAGAAGGGAAAGACUAAGGGUUCUCAUGUUCUUCCUAGCACAAUUUAUGAGUGGGAAACAGUGGCGACUAAUCUGGAUGAAUUCCUGGAUGUUUCUGAGAAGCUUUUUGCUAGCAAGAACAGAACCGAAGCGUCCCUUGGAAAGAAGUUAAAGAUCGAUAAGCUUCCUGAGAUCGAGAAAGUUCACAAGAAAAAAGAAAAAAUGCUGAAAAAGCAACAAAGGCAAGCUCUUCUUCUGGAUAAUUUUGUCACCAUGGACGGACUUGGUGGUGGCCGCUCCCUUCGUGAAAGGAAAUCUGUAACUUACACUUUUGAUGAUUUUGAUCGUUCAAUCAAUGAGGCUAUCAAGAUUACCAAGCGCAAGCAGCCAUCACCAGAGCCUGGAAUUAAAAGAGAAGCUGUCAGAUCUGAGCCGUCUGCCAAUGGUAGAUGGAAUGGCUCAUCUCACACCUCUGAUCACGUGUCAUUUAGUCCCCCAUCUCCCGAUGAUUUUGAUGAAAUGGAUGUAGACGACAACUCUGAGCCAUUGGAUCGUAGCAACCGGAGGAGACAGCGACCUCAGAGAUAUUCUAUGAAAGAUUUUGUUGAAGCAGUUUCAGACAAUGAUGAGGAAUACUUCAACAGUGAUGAUGAUAUAGUUGGAGAAGCGGUUUAUGAUGAGGAAUAUUUGCAGCAGCGUAAACAUAAGAAGAGACUAACGAGCAGCUCUGAAGGUGAAGGAGACGAGGAAUAUAAUUGGAGCGAGGAAAAUGGUGAUGACGAUGUGGAAGAAGAGGAGGAAGAAGAUUCAAUGAGCUUUAGUGAUGAUAGUGACCAACCACCCAGAAAAGGAAGGUUCAAUAAACCCGAGGGCCGGACUAGGAGAGGAACAAAAAUAAGGUCAGUUGAUGACUUGGACUCGGGUUUAAGGCGCAGCAAACGGGCCACGAGGAACCGUAUUGAUUAUCGGCAAUUAGAGCUAUCCGAAUCUGAAACAGAGACAUCGAUGAAACACGGGAAGACAAAUGCUGCAUCCGAGAGCCAGUUUGAGGCAACCGAUGAUGCGGAGCCGGAUUACUCAACCGAAAGUCAGAAUUCUGAUGAUGAGGGUAAUCCGGAAGAUCAGCAGCGAAAAGGGUUUGGUCAGUUUACUCCCAUGGAUACAGAGAACGAUGAAAAUGGGCCCCCAGCAAAGUCCGAAAGUCCGAAACAAGAUGAUCCAGAUGGGAUUGGAGCUACAAGGCAAUUUCUUGAUCUUAACGAACUAGCACCUGGUUCCGGUUUUGAUGAUGGAUCCAGUGCUUUCGUGAAGGAUGAUGAUCCGAAAGGUGAGUAGGUGAUGCCUUUUUUACGACACCAAAAGGUUCGAGUUUCCUCUUCUUUAUCUCUUUUCCUCCUCUAGGGUGGUUAGUUGUAUCAUAUAUGGAAAUUUCGAGAGCUUACUAUCAAGCCCAUGAAAGUUUACUUUCACUCAGAGGAUUUUCUUUCGUGGCAAUACUCGGGGAGUUCCUGGUAUGCAAUUUAUUCUAGUUUUUUCCACAGUGGAGCAACACAUUGCAGAAGAACGGUAGAUUUGAGUAGUCAGUCAUUUUACAGACUUCAAACAUCAACAGAAUUUAAGAGGGAGCCGAAAUUGUCAAGUUCGUUUAGUGUAUAAUAGCAUCUUGACCAGAAGGGUAGCCGAGGUUCAAAUUUAAACGCCUGUUCUAAAUUUUUGUUGAACGAUAAAUAUCGAUUGUACGAUUAUGUAGAAGGGCUGGUAGGGUUGGCUUAUGAAAAAAUUCGUAAUUUUCUGAUGGGAUUCCUGCUGGUUCUCUGUAUCUUAAUAACACUAGUAUUUUUGUUGCCCUGUAGCUGCUCCCUUUAUAACAUGCACAUAUGCUGGAAUUCCUGUUA